AUGCAGUAUAGAAAUAUCUAUCUUCGAAUCGAAUCCAAGGCAACAUCGAAUGAUUUUAACUAUGAUGUGUCAAGUGAAAGUGUAAAGGAAAGUUCAUUUAUAAACUUUCAUUCUUUCACUCAUACUAGUUAUUCAUUUUGUAUGUCAUUAUCUUUAUCUCUAUCUCUACCUAAUCUACCAUGGACAAUACAAUCAGAGAUUAUUUAUAUAGUUUGUAAUUAUCGAAAUAAUCAAGAUCAAAGAGAGAUAAAGUCAAGAGAUGUGUAUCAUGUGGCUGGGGUAUCAAGACGGUGGAGACAAUUAACUACUGUAUCAUUGACUUUAAAUUAUAAGGUCAACAUUGAUAUUAAAUCUCUUAAAGAGUACCGACAACACUAUGAAAACAACCUUUGUCUACUGUCUGGACCUAAUCACAACAUUAUUGCAAGCGACAUAACUGAAAUAUGUUAUGAAACCAAAGAAUAUAUAGAGACGCAUUACGAGUGGUUCAAAGAACAUAUCAUCAACAAGAUGUCUAGUUUCUGUCAAAUUGGCGUUGGAAGACAGUUGUUGAACAUUUUCAAAGGUCAACAAGUAGCGUCUCUCAAGAAACUGGCCAGUUACUAUGAGUGUGUAGUACCACUUGAACUGUGCCACUAUUUAGAAAUGGCUGAUCUCCAUUUCUAUCGUAGUUCAUGUAAAGAGAUAUGCGCUAUAUUGUCAAUUUGUCGUCAACUAAAGUCACUACACAUCAAUAUAACUUAUUGCCCAGACAUUGAUACCGGUAUUAGCAAUGUGUUUUCUAGUAUGCCACGUGGCCUAACCAAGUUGGUUUGGGGUGAUAAGGACGGUAACUCAUAUUCCAAUUCUGACCAACCCUUCCCAUUCCACCUAUUACCGACAACCAUACAAAAACUCUGUAUUUGGGAUGUUCGUCAAACAUCUACUCAAGCAUACUAUGACUAUGUUCUUGCCAACUCAUCAGCUAUCCAAUCACUCUUUCAACACUGUCAUCCAACUCAAAAAUUCAGAGAUUUUUUAUCAUCACCUUUGUCUCGAGUUAAAUACCUCUGUCUUGCAGGCUUUCCAUCGUCGAUCUUUGGAAAGGCAUUGAUACCACCUUUAGUAGAGGUUCUGAGACUAGACUUUAAUGUGGAAUCUACAUUGGUUGCACAUCACCUAGAAUGUAUUUUCAAGUAUAGUGUACCAUUACCAAACCUUCAUACCAUCCAAAUCAAGCGAUUCAAUGAAGUAGCUGAUAGCCUUUUAUCAUUUAUCCAAGACAGUAAUUCACUUCGGGUGAUUGAUUUGGAUCCCAUUUCUUUCAAUAAUGUCGACUUGGUGCUCGAUGCGGUUUCCAAUAGUCCAUCCGUCGAAAGGGUAUACUUGAGACAUUCAAAAGGCAAGCCCUAUUUGGCAACUAUCAAUAGUCACCCAGCCAUCAAAAAUAAUCAACUAUCUUAUUGCUCAACAAACUAUUAUGAUUUCAUUAUUUUCAAUAUAAAGAAUACUAGUCAAUUAGAUUUAUCAUCUUAUCAUAUCAUACCAAAAUAA